AUGUGGUUCCUCGUGCUCCUCUGUGCUGCCUCUGCUCUCUGCCAGGGCGUCACCAGGCUGCCCUUGGAAAGGGGGAAGAAGCUGAGAGAUGUCCUCAGGGAGAAGGAUUUGCUGCACCAGUUCUUCCAGCAUCACCACUACGACAUCGGCACCAAAUUCCCGCAUGCUUUUCCCAAUGGAACCAGGGUUGCCACUGAGCCUCUGCUGAACACCCUCGACGUGGAAUACUACGGCACCAUCUCCAUCGGCACCCCCCCUCAGGAUUUCAGCGUGGUCUUCGACACCGGCUCCUCCGACCUCUGGGUCCCCUCUGUGUCCUGCCCCAGCCUGGCUUGCCAAACCCACCAGGUGUUUGACCCCUCUCAGUCCUCCACCUACAAGAGCACGGGGCUGAGCCUGUCCAUCCGCUACGGCACGGGCGAGAUGGAGGGGAUCGUGGGCUCCGACACCGUCACCGUGGCCUCUCUGGUGGACACCAACCAGCUCUUCGGCUUGAGCACCGCCGAGCCCGGCCGGUUCUUCGUCGACGUCCAAUUCGAUGGGAUCCUGGGCUUGGGAUACCCAAACCUGGCUGCUGAUGGCAUCACGCCGGUCUUUGAUAACCUGGUGAACCAGAGCUUGCUGCAGGAGAACCUCUUCUCUGUCUACCUGUCCCAUGAGGCAGCAGGGAGCGUGGUCAUCUGGGGCAUCGAUGAGUCCUAUUUCACUGGCCCCAUCAACUGGAUCCCUGUCUCUUACCAGGGCUACUGGCAGAUCUCCAUGGACAGCAUCAUUGUGAACAGCCAGGAGGUCGCGUGCGCCGGUGGCUGCCAGGCCAUCAUCGACACCGGCACUUCCCUCGUGGCCGGGCCACCCUCGGGCAUCAGGAACAUCCAGAGUGCAGUUGGGGCCAGGCAGGGCGAGUAUGGAGAGCACAGCGUGAACUGCAGCUCCAUCCCUGCCAUGCCCGAUGUCAUCUUUGUCAUCGAUGGGGUCCAGUACCCCCUGUCUGCCGUGGCCUACACCGAGCAGCAGAACCAAGAAUCUUGCAUGAGCAGCUUCCAGGACACCUCUGGGGACCUCUGGAUCUUGGGAGACGUCUUCAUCAGGGUGUACUACAGCAUCUUUGACCGGGCCAACAACCGCGUUGGGCUGGCCAAGGCUGUUUAGAUCCACCACGAUGGGAGUGGUGCUGGGGUUUUGUCCACACCCAGACCCCGACCACGGC